AUGAUUCCUCUGUUGGUUGUAGCCACCUUCCUCAAGUUCUCCUGGACACCAGUAAAUGGGCUGCCCUGUGAUCAGAUGCUACACUCUCAGCAGCCCCCUUUGAAUGUAAACAAUGUACAGCCUGCAGAUGUGGCAGUUUUAGCGUCGAUUGGACUGCACAUACACAGCACUGAGUUGUCCACUGUUGUAUCAAGACUUCAAGAGCUGAUGAGUAUGUUCACUCCUGCUCUGCUGGAUUCAUAUUUGGAAGAAACUGAUAUUAAUGCUUAUCAGUUUGGCAGAGAAGGCACACUACUCGAGCAAGCAGAACAGACAUCUCUGUACCUCCAGAACAGUCAGGUACAUAAUCAAUCUUGGAAGCUGCUUCUUGUUUUUGUGCAGGUGGAUCAGUUUUGUGCUUGUGACCAGCAGGAGGUUCAGGCUGUUAUCACAUCAGUGAUCAGUGAGGUGGACGCUGCCUUAGUGCUGCUGCGUGCUCAGCUGAAGCGGACUCUUGUCAGUGUUGUAUUAUGGGAUGAAGACAGCAACACUUUGCAAAGCAAGAUGUGUCCAUGUUUAGAAAGAAGUCAAGGUGGAGAGUUUAGACUUCGAAAAGCCAUGUUGACUCACGCUCUGCAGGUGUCUUUGCAUGAGCUCUUGUUGAAGAGACACUGGUACAGUGAUAAAGAUGACUUCAGUGUCAUCCUGCAAGAUAAACCUCUUAUCAUGCACUUCUCUUCUUCUAAUAUUGGGAAGCCUCUUUCUGAGUCACAAGCGUCACAUGAGACUGAUAAACUGAUGAUGCAGUUGUGGACAAACCUGUUGCAGCCCGCAAAUGACAAACAUAACACAGACGACAAUGGAAAUGUUAUUGCGUUGCAAUGUCCAACUGUGGACCGUCCCUUCCUGAGGACGGAGGGAAACUCUCCUACAAAUCACGGUGGCAACAACUAUCCUCUCAUCUAUUCAAGUAUGGGCACACCGAUGCCCUGUGAAGACAUCAGCCCUUCGGACUCAACACCCACCACUGUGCAUGAACUCAGGCCAGGAGAUAUCAGAGUGGUUGCUGCUGUGGGAGACUCUUUGACAGCUGGGAACGGAAUUGCAUCAAGCCCAACAAAUGUUCUGGAUGUGCUGACCCAAUACCGAGGUUUAUCCUGGAGUGUUGGCGGAGAUGGCAACCUCACAACUGUAACCACUCUGCCCAAUAUAUUAAAGCAUUUUAAUGCCAACCUUACGGGUUACUCUGUUGGAAAGGGGAAACAGUACACAACUCAGGCUUUUCUCAACCAGGCCGUUGCUGGAGCAAAAAGCAAGGACAUGCAAUCUCAAGUGCGAGCUCUCGUGGCAAGGAUGAAGAACGACUCUCGCAUCAACUUUGAAUUGGACUGGAAAAUCAUCACUGUAUUUAUAGGUGGAAAUGACAUCUGCGACUACUGCUACAAUUCUCUUUUAUACUCUGUUGAGAAUUUUGUGAAAAAUGUCCAAGAAAGUCUGGAUUAUCUCCACAAAGAGGUGCCUCGAGCUCUCGUCAACUUAAUAGAACCCUUGCAUAUUGUUCCCUUGAGAGAAAUGCACCUGGACGCCUCAUUGAAAUGCCCCACCUGGCUAGUUAAUAUUCUAUGCCCAUGUGUUAUCCUACCAAAGUCCACCUCGACUGCACUUGAAAAACUGGAGCAACUAAAUAGAGAAUAUCAGUUAAUGCUGAGCGAGCUGGUGGAGUCCAGUCGUUAUGACACUCGGACGGACUUCACUGUGGUCAUCCAGCCUUUUUUCCGAGACAUUAUUGUUCCCAAACUACCGGACGGACGUCCUGAUCGCUCUUACUUCAGUGCUGACUGUUUCCAUCUGAGCCAGAAGGCUCAGACUCAGAUGGCCCGCUCCUUGUGGAACAACAUGCUGGAACCACUUGGAAACAAAACAGCCAUACAGAAUUUUGUCACGGACAUGAAACUGAAAUGCCCCUCAAAGACGUCCCCAUUCAUCCGAACCUAUCGCAACAGCAAUUACACAUAUGCUGGUCCUCCACCAACACUAGCACCUAAUACAAACUGGGGAAGUGACUUUUCCUGUGUGGACCUUGUACCAUCACCCUCGGUGCCAACAUCGGUUCACAAGCUCAGACCAGCAGACAUCAAGGUGGUGGCAGCAGUGGGAGAUUCCAUAACGGCCGGCACUGGUGCUAAAGCAAAGAAUCUUUUAGAACUCAGCAGAGAAUAUAAAGGCGUGUCUUGGAGUAUUGGAGGAGAUCGCACAUUAGACACCGUCACAACGCUACCAAACAUCUUAAAGAAGUUCAACUCGGCUCUGAAGGGCUUCUCUAGAGGUCAGGGUUCAAGACAGAAGGGCUUCAACAUGGCAACAGCAGGAGCCAAAGCCUUGGACAUCCAAAGUCAAAUCCAAGUUCUCAUAAAAGCCAUGCGACAACACAAGGAAGUGAACUUUGACAAGGACUGGAAACUUUUGACAAUAUUUGUUGGGGGAAAUGACCUUUGCCAUUAUUGCACUGAACAAAAUAAUCUCUCACCAAGUAAUUACAGUCACAAUCUGAUGCUGGCUUUGGACAAACUCUACUUGGAGGUACCCAGACUUUUGGUAAAUCUAGUAGAGAUAAUGCAAAUAGACAUAUUAAAACAAGUCAAGAAAAACACACUGGGUUGUUCCUUGCUUCAAAGAACGUCCUGUCCUUGUGUUAUUAACCCAACUGAAAACUCCCCAGAGAUAGAGGACAUUAAACAAAUCAAUCUUGGAUACCAGACUGAAAUCCACAAUCUAAUUUCUGGAUCUCGUUAUGAUGGGAAAGAAGACUUUGCUGUCGUUCUUCAGCCGUUUUUACACAAUUCCUUCAUCCCGCAUAUAGGUGAGGGGGAAGCAGACACCACUUUCUUCUCUGUGGACUGUUUUCACAUCAGUGAGCGAGCUCAUGCUGAGAUGGCCAUAGGAUUAUGGAAUAAUAUGUUAGGACCUGUAGGCAGGAAACAGGCAUAUAACAACUUCACGUAUGACCGCUCCAAGAUUCACUGUCCAACUCAGGCCAGUCCAUUCAUCUUUACCAAAGUCAACAGUGUACCACAUCCACCUGAGACAACCACAACUCCCGCUCCCGCCUCCCCAACCACUACUACACCAGUAUUCGUGCCCCUGUGCGCAUCUCCUCAGCCGGUGUGGGUUCCAGUUGUAGUGGGAGUUGUUAGUUUACUGGUGGGCAUUAGCACUACCUGGCUCGUGGUCACUUUUGUGAUCCACAAGAGAAGAAAAACAGAGGACCCAGUAGCAAUGAAAGUAACAGGAUUGUAA